UUAUGUGUUAGAUUUGCAUGGACAAAUCUGUUCUGUACUUACACCAUAGCUGGAUUUGAGAUUGAUUUGUGUUAUCAGCUUCCCAUAAAAUGGACCAUUCAUACAUAUAAGUUGUCUGCCUGUUAUGCAACGUUUCAUGACCUUUGGAAGAGAUGCAUGCGUGGACACCUGCAAUGUGGACAAAUGCAAGAGGGAGCGGACCGGAGGCUCCACCAUGGCCGGAGAUGAAGUUCGGCAGAGGAAAGGAGGUGGCCGCAAGAAGCCCAAAAAGGGGAAAGGGAAGGGGCAGGGUGGUUUGGAUCGGACUGGCAGUCUAGAGGGGCAGAAUGACCUCCUGUUACCCCCUCCCACCAUACCACUCAAAAAGCCUGUGGAAGACAGGACCAAAACAGCCCAGGCUAAGAUAGAGGAUGAGUCGGCUGUUUCUAUCCGCCUGCAGGUGCUGUUCCUCUACCUGCUGGCUGGGAUGGGGAUGGUGAUGGCAGGCAUGGUGCUGGACAGUGUGCAGCAUUGGGAUGUGUUUAAAGUGAUCACAGAAGUGUUCAUCCUGGUACCUGCUCUGGUCGGGCUCAAAGGAAACCUGGAGAUGACUCUAGCAUCUCGUCUCUCUACUGCUGCUAACACCGGACAGAUGGACGACCCCAAACAGCAGUGGCUGAUGAUGACCUGUAAUCUUGCUCUCAUUCAGGUUCAGGCCACUGUGGUGGGCUUCCUGGCAGCUCUUGCGGCCGUAGGUCUUGGUGCUCUGUCCAGAGGGGGUGUAGAGCUGGACCAGGCGGCUGUCCUGUGUGCUAGCAGUGUUACCACCGCAUUUGUGGCAGCUCUGUCCUUAGGUCUGGUGAUGAUUGGUGUGAUCAUUGGCUCCAGGAAGGUGGGCAUCAACCCUGAUAAUGUGGCCACACCGAUAGCAGCCAGUCUGGGAGAUCUCAUCACUCUUUCUCUGUUGGCUGGAGUCAGCAGCACACUGUUCCAGUACAGAGAUGUGUGGUACUUGUCCCCGUUGGUGUGUGUCUUCUUCCUGCUGCUCAUUCCUCUCUGGGUGCUCAUCGCUAGACGGAGUCCACAGAUUAAAGAGGUUCUGAAGUCCGGCUGGCAGCCUGUUAUAGUGGCCAUGUCCAUCAGCAGUUUCGGAGGCCUUAUUCUUGAUAAGACUGUGAGCGAUCCAAACUUUGAGGGAAUGGCGGUCUUCACACCAGUCAUAAACGGUGUGGGGGGGAAUCUGGUGGCCAUCCAGGCCAGUCGGAUCUCCACCUACCUUCAUUUGUGGAGCAUACCUGGAGUCCUGCCCUAUAAGAUGAGACAGCACUGGCCCAACCCCUGUGCCACAUUCUUCUCCUCAGGUGUGAACUCUAAGUCAGCGCGGGUGCUGUUCCUCCUGGUGGUUCCAGGUCAUCUGUUGUUUCUUUUUGCCAUUAAUAUGCUCCAAGGAGGCCACACUGCCAUCACGCCAGCAUUUAUCUGCUGCUACUUGGGUGCUGCUCUGCUUCAGGUUGGGAUCCUAAUUUAUACAGCAGACCUGAUUGUGCGUUUGAUGUGGAGGAAAGGUCUGGACCCGGAUAACUUCUCCAUCCCAUACCUGACUGCGCUGGGAGACCUGUUGGGCACGGGUUUCCUGGCCCUGUGUUUCCGUUUGGUCAUGUUAGUGGAGGAGCUCGGCUUGUAAACUGCUAGACCUCCAUUUUUAUGCGCCAUGUAUAAAUUGAAUUUGAAGUUUGCAAGAUUUAAGACCUUGAAGGAUUCUGGGAUGUUUGUUUGAUGUUUAUUAUUAUUUUUUUUUUAAAUAUUGUUUUUGAAUAUAUGAUUUAGGAUUGAUUUCAAAGAAAAUGGGAAAGUCUCAAAACUUUGAAGGUCAUUCCUUUGUUGUUUUAGUAACUACAUACAAGGUCAUAAUUGCUGCUAGAUAUUUUUACUGGAUACUAUAUCUCAUAUACAGAGGGUCUACUGUACCUCUCAGUUUGUAAUUUUUUUGCACCUGAAAUAGUUUUUUUUCAAAAUACCACACUUUGGAAAAAGGCAAAAUCUUAUAAUGAAUGUAAUUGUUUGUUCACUUGAAUGAAUUGAUGGCAAUUAUAUUGUUCAUGUGGCAGUUUUAUUCAACACAUUUGUAAUAUCGUCACUCUGAAUUAUAAUUAACCUUUAUCACAUUAUUUAUCUACAGUUGAGUGUUGUGGUCCCUAAAACAGUAAAAAAAAA